GGAAAUCCAUCUCGAUAUCUCCAAAUUCGAUCGGCUUGUCCCUCCCUCUCUUUUGUCGCUACUACAUACCAAGAAAUGCAAUAUCAAAUGCUCACAUGCGCUCUCGGCACGGAGGUUGCGCCGGUGCAAUUGGGCCGUAUUCUAUCUAACCUAAGCCACGCCCAACGGGCAUGCAAACAAGGGGACCCGGGCCCUUUCCUUGGAUCAACCUCCCAAAUGUUAGCAUGGAUGGACAUGGCGAUGGGCAUUCCAACGGCAUGUGCACACUGCGAUGCGCCGACGGGAGAUCACGAUCGCAGCGCCAAGCAAUAGAGAAGAAAAAAAAAACUGCUACUCCGGCACUAGCAUCCCAAUAUAAUGAAUAUCCCACACCAUCCCCGCGCGGGCUGUCUGGGAUGUGUCUGGGAUGAAAGACGAAGAAGCUAUAAAAGUAGUCGGCCGCCAGGGCGCGGGUCGCAUAUGCGACCACCAUUUUCUGUUGCGGCAACCCAACUAAGGAAGUGUGUUCAAAAAUGACGAUUGUUGGCAACUUGGGGUAAUUGUAGGGCGACCCUCCACAGCCUGAACUCGACCACUCGCAGCGCAACAACCGCCGCGCAGCUAUUCCCGGGACAAUCAGUUACCACGUACGGACACGAACAACAAGCACAACCACUCUCGACUUCUCUUGUUGAGCCCCAAACGCGGCAUCGGCCCUGCAGAUCCAGAGCUGUCAAUUGGUGUACUAGGUAGUCGGCAUCCUGUUCCGUCCUGGGCAGGGCGGCAGACGCGUGCAGAUACUUGUUGUAGCAGAGCAGACAGCUGCACCAAGUGACAGACAGGUUGGGCGGCCGACAGCUGAGCUGCCCGCCCGUGUGCUGCUCUCCAAUCACGGCUCCAUCGCCUGCGUCAUCGGACGCCAAGCAUCUCUCCAGCACCACCCAGAAGCACCGCCAACCUCAAAAGCACUGGGCUGCACCAUCAAACAUCACUGACCACUAGCACCACCGAGGCGGGAAGAUCCAAUAACCAAAGUCACCUCUCCAUCACUGUGCCGCGACCGACUCCUUCGACGACAACUCGAGUCUCUCGGUAGCUCGCCUCGAAACGCCUUUCAUCUCGUGAAAAAAAGUUACAGGAACACGGCAACAACACACGCUCGUUUUUAGGUUUUGGCGAUUCGCAGGGAACGCACUGCACCACACCACCACCACCACCACCACCACAACGUCACACCCCGCGCCCCGUCCAACCUCAACAGAAGCACAAGCUUGUCCAACACCUGUACCUGUCUGUACCUGUCACAGCGAUUUGCAUUCAAAAGUCGUGGUUGCGCUCCGCGUUUUCAACUCGGGAGCUAAAGAACUGCAUCGAGCACCGCCGGAAUGAUGGCAGGCAGCUACAUUCCCCACGACAAUGGCCUGGGAGAGAUGCCCACCUCCCAAGUCCAUCCGAACGACGCCCUUCAAGCAUGGGAUACCCAAAAUCUCGUCUCGAGUCCAUGGACACAGCCCGGCAUGAGCGUUCCCAUGCCCGUGGUUACAGAAGGUGUCCCCUUCAACGCCUGGGAGAAUCAGCAAACACCGACAGGCACCCCGCGAUGGGGCGGCCAUGAUCCAAAUGCCUCCAUGUUCGCCGCCGACUGGAGUGUUGCUUCAGUGACGCCUUCUCACGAACCAUAUCCCCAUGGCGGCGACUAUUUUGGCACAGCGGCGAUUACGCACUCCAUGUCGCCUGAGGAGUCCAUGUCCUACCCAAAUGCUUCAGCGGGUUGGGAGACGGGUAGCCAGCCGGCUCUUUCUCCCUAUACCGAGUUUCCCGACUUUGCCGCCUUGAGGAGGAGCGAAUCUGCCGAGAUCAAGAUCGAACCCAGCAACCAGCGCCUAGUACCGCUCAUGCAGAAAUCCAGUGUCAACGAACCAGCAUCUCCAGGGGGUCAGGCGAGGAGAGCAGGGAAACUAAACUUGAUGCCAACUGGACCCCAUCACAGGAAGGUCAAAUCAACCAGCAAGAUUGGGAAACCGGACAGCAAGCCGAAGCUCGCGGCAGCAAGUGCGUUGAACACGGCAGUUCUCCAGUCGCAGAUGAAGCGCAAACAUCCUGGCCCUAUCCCCAACUUCCCAGGCCGACCAAACAUCAUGCAGACCAUGCAGACCCAUACUCCCGGAGUUAGCGGCCCUGUGGCUUGGAUGGCAGAUUAUCAAGUACAUGCACGCAACGCCUACUCAACACCGACGACGCCUAUAGGUGGACUUGGCGCUCAACCGAUAACGCCGAUGGGAAUGCCCAUGGGGAUGGGCAACGGUAUGAGUAACGUCAUGGGAAAUGGAAUGCCCAACGGAAUGCCCAACGGUAUGCCUGACAACGGCAUGGGAAUGGGCAUGAACAUGGGCAUGCCCGUAACAAACAUGCACGGCGGCAUGUCCAUGGGAAUGGGAUCAGCGGGCAUGGUGAUGACUUCGGGUAUGGCCUCCCCAGCACCUCUCCCAAUACCGUCACCAUACAUGCAGCAACCACCACAACAACCCAUGACCGGCGAUCCCGGAGUAGGAAUGGGAAUGAGGGUACCAGGAACUCCCGGAGGCCGGGGCCAGCAUCGGCCCAGCAACACCAUGGCUACAAUAGCCAUGAGCCAAGACCCCCGCGCCGCCGCCGAGCAGAUCCGGAAGGACGCCUGGCAAGUGUGCGAGCGUGAGCGCGUCGAGAUGCUGCAGCGCCGGCUGAUGCUGACGGAACACGAGCGCGGCAUGCUCGAUCAGGAGACCAACAUGUUGCAGCUCAACUUGGGCAAGAUGCGUCAGGUCGUGGCGAGACAUCAUCAAGAGCUGGAAGAGGCGGUCGAGCGGGCGCGGAAGUUGAAUGAAGGAUCCUCCUCUCCUCCCCAGGAGGGCCAGCACGAUGAGGACGAGGAGGAGGUUGCAGGGCUCCCACAGACCCAGGGGUAGGGACAGGGGACAGGUAACCGAAGACAGUUAAAGUGUAGAAACGCGGACUGGUCUCGGUCUUCUGUGGCUUUGACCUGACCUCGCUUCUUGUUUUCCACUGCUUGAGGUAUCUUGCGGUCCUCAGCUUCAACUCUCCAGAUCAAGUCUCGGGACUUGGUCUUGGACUGAUUGCUGGACUGACUGUUGCACUGACUGUUGCACUGAUGCUUGAACUAGCCUCGACCUGGCCGUUGUUAGUGACCCGUGUACAUUAAUUGUAAUGAUAAUGACGGAUCAAUAAAGGUUUGCGUAGGGAUGGGUGGGAUCAAAUGGUAAAGGAGGCUCAAUUGAUUGUUUUUUUUUCUUGCUUGGGUUGGAAUUCAAGGCGUAUAUCGGCCGUUCGGUUUGGUUGGCUCUUUGCUAAGAUUUCAGGUUGUUCAAUUCUUUUUUGCUGAAACAAUUUAUCCAUACUACACAUAUACAAGAGAGGUGUUAGCGGUGCGAUUUUUGUUGAAUGGGCUGAGGUAAAUUGUUUUUCUUGUUUCUUAUUUUUUUCAUCUUGUGUAGUCGUGAGUUUGAAUAGUGUUGACAUGUACUCACUUGUUUGGGCUAGAAGCACCUCAGACUUUUAGUCGUUAUUAGGUGCAAAUCAUAUCCCAAGAAUUGGUCACAGCGUUAUAAAGAUAUAGUAGUACCAC